GGUCGCAGCCGCCCGCCGCGCCGCUGUCCCGCUCCCGCUCCGCCGCCGCCGUUUCCCCCCCGACGACUGGGUGAUGCUGGACAUGGGAGAUAGGAAAGAGGUGAAAAUGAUCCCCAAGUCCUCGUUCAGCAUCAACAGCCUGGUGCCAGAGGCGGUCCAGAACGACAACCACCACGCGAGCCACGGCCACCACAACAGCCACCACCCCCAGCACCACCACCAUCACCACCAUCACCACCACCACCCGCCGCCGCCCGCCCCGCAACCGCCGCCGCCGCAGCAGCAGCAGCCGCCGCCGCCGCCGCCGCCGCCCCAGGCACCGCAGCCCCCCCAGGCGCGGGGCGCCCCGGCAGCCGACGACGACAAGGGCCCCCAGCAGCUGCUGCUCCCGCCGCCGCCGCCGCCGCCGCCGCCGGCCGCCGCCCUGGACGGGGCCAAAGCGGACGGGCUGGGCGGCAAGGGCGAGCCGGGCGGCGGGCCCGGGGAGCUGGCGCCCGUCGGGCCGGACGAGAAGGAGAAGGGCGCCGGCGCCGGGGGGGAGGAGAAGAAGGGGGCGGGCGAGGGCGGCAAGGACGGGGAGGGGGGCAAGGAGGGCGAGAAGAAGAACGGCAAGUACGAGAAGCCGCCGUUCAGCUACAACGCGCUCAUCAUGAUGGCCAUCCGGCAGAGCCCGGAGAAGCGGCUCACGCUCAACGGCAUCUACGAGUUCAUCAUGAAGAACUUCCCCUACUACCGCGAGAACAAGCAGGGCUGGCAGAACUCCAUCCGCCACAACCUGUCCCUCAACAAGUGCUUCGUGAAGGUGCCCCGCCACUACGACGACCCGGGCAAGGGCAACUACUGGAUGCUGGACCCGUCGAGCGACGACGUGUUCAUCGGCGGCACCACGGGCAAGCUGCGGCGCCGCUCCACCACGUCGCGGGCCAAGCUGGCCUUCAAGCGCGGGGCGCGCCUCACCUCCACCGGCCUCACCUUCAUGGACCGCGCCGGCUCCCUCUACUGGCCCAUGUCGCCCUUCCUGUCCCUGCACCACCCCCGCGCCAGCAGCACUUUGAGUUACAAUGGCACCACGUCGGCCUACCCCAGCCACCCCAUGCCCUACAGCUCCGUGUUGACUCAGAACUCGCUGGGCAACAACCACUCGUUCUCCACGGCCAACGGCCUGAGCGUGGACCGGCUGGUCAACGGGGAGAUCCCGUACGCCACGCACCACCUCACGGCCGCCGCCCUCGCUGCCUCGGUGCCCUGCGGCCUGUCGGUGCCCUGCUCCGGGACCUACUCCCUCAACCCUUGCUCCGUCAACCUGCUCGCGGGCCAGACCAGUUACUUUUUCCCCCACGUCCCGCACCCGUCAAUGACUUCGCAGAGCAGCACGUCCAUGAGCGCCCGGGCCGCGUCGUCCUCCACAUCUCCGCAGGCCCCCUCGACCCUGCCCUGUGAGUCUUUAAGACCCUCUUUGCCAAGUUUCACGACGGGACUGUCCGGGGGACUGUCUGAUUAUUUCACACAUCAAAAUCAGGGGUCUUCUUCCAACCCUUUAAUACAUUAACAUCCCUGGGACCAGACUGUAAGUGAACGUUUUACACACAUUUGCAUUGUAAAUGAUAAUUAAAAAAUAAGUCCAGGUAUUUUUUAUUAAGCCCCCACCCCCCCCCCCCAUUUCUGUACGUUUGUUCAGUCUUUAGGAUUGUUUAUUAUUCUAACAAGGUGUGGAGUGUCAGCGAGGUGCAAUGUGGGGAGAAUACAUUGUAGAAUAUAAGGUUUGGAAGUCAAAAUUAUAGUAGAAUGUGUAUCUAAAUAGUGACUGCUUUGCCAUUUCAUUCAAACCUGACAAGUCUAUCUCUAAGAGCCGCCAGAUUUCCAUGUGUGCAGUAUUAUAAGUUAUCAUGGAUCUUUAUGGUGGACGCAGACCUUGAGAACAACCUAAAUUAUGGGGAGAGUUUUAAAAUGUUAAACUGUAAUUUGUAUUUAAGAAGCAUUCGUAGUAAAGGUGCCCAAGAAAUUAUUUUGGCCAUUUAUUGUUUUGUCCUUUUCUUUAAAAACCUGGUUUUUUUUUUCUUUUGUUUACUUUUAGACCAAAGAUUGGGUUCUAAAAUGCACUUGGUAUGCUAAGUAUUAAAAAACAAAGCAAAAAAAAAAAAAAAACAAAAAAAAAAAGGAAAGUUGUUUCAGUUGGCAGCACUGCCCAUUCAAAUGAAUCGGAAGGGGACAAAAUUAAUGAUUGCCUUCAGUUUGUGUUGUGUAUAUUUUGAUGUAUGUGGUCACUAACAGGUCACUUUUAUUUUUUCUAAAUGUAGUGAAAUGUUAAUACCUAUUGUACUUAUAGGUAAAACCUUGCAAAUAUGUAACCUGUGUUGCGCAAAUGCCGCAUCAAUUUGAGUGAUUGUUAAUGUUGUCUUAAAAUUUCUUGAUUGUGAUACUGUGGUCAUAUGCCCGUGUUUGUCACUUACAAAAAUGUUUACUAUGAACACACAGAAAUA